CUGUGGACUAGAUCCUCCAUUUGCUGAAAUCCACACAGUCACGUAGCGUCAAGAUGGUUUCUUUUCCCAGUUUCUUUCUUUUCUUUUUUUUUUUUUGUGAUAGUUUUCAGUUAUGACUCCUCCUAUUUAAAUUUGCUCUGUCCAAUCAGGCCAUCUGAGCCUAUUUUGGUGACAAUUUCAAACGCAUCUAAACGUUUGACAGAGGCAAGCUUCUCUUUAGCUCAUCUUAAAUAUAGGAGGGUUCUUCAGCGGGGAUCUGAGCGUUAUUAUUAUAGAUAUUCAGUCCGAUGAUGAUGUGAAAGCAUCAUCUGACACCCGGACGAGUCAUUUUUGGAAAUGAAAGGAAACCUAUUCAGCAAUAUCGUCGUCGCAAAGUGAAGAUCUCCCAUGAUGAUGCCCAAAUACAGUGAUAAGGCUGGAGCACAACGCGCUGGUCAAGGCGCUCCAUGAAGCAGGGGCUGCCCCCAACUCGCGCGACCGGGGCCAGAGGCUGAUCGUGACUCAAUCCCGGACUCUGGAAAACAUUAAGAAACCACUGCACAGUUUUUCAAAAAUCAGCAUCUCUGCAUGUAUGACAGCCAUUCCAUUCCAGUCUCAGUGGAAUUAAAGCCCAAGUACAGCUCAUUCUGCUCAAUGGAGUGGCAUAAGGUCACCCAAAAGCGGUGUGAAAGACUGGCGGAAAGCAUGCCAAGAUGCAUGACUGCUGUGAUUAAAAAUCACGGUUAUUCCACCAAAUACUGAUAUUUUUGAACUCUUCUUGAGUUAAAACAUUAGUAUUGCUGUUUCUAAAUGAACAUGAACUUGUUUUCUUUGCAUUAUUUGACGUCUAAAAGCCCUUCAUCUUUUUCGUUUUUCUGUCCAUUUCUUAUUUUCCGCAAAUACAUACAACAUUUUUUGCUCGGAAUUACGUUGUCAGUAGUUCAUAGAAUAAAAAAAAAACAAAAAAAAAAAACAAAGUUAAUUUUACUCCAAACGAGUAAAAUCAGAGAACUGAUAGUUUUGCAGUGGUCUCUUAAUUUUUUUUUUCCAGAGCUGUAUAUAGCGUGCUGAUUGACAAGUGGGUUGACGUCAAUGACCAAAAGGGAAUCCUGCAGCCGCACCUGACCGCCAGGGAGGAACAUCUGGUGGUGGUUAAGCUGCAUCUGGAGACCACUACCGAUCCUCGGAGGGUCAAGAAGAACACCCUAUGGUGCUGUCGCAGGACUCCCGGGGGACUUAAGAAAAGGUCAGUGAAGAUCAGGAUGUGGAGUUUGUUGUCAGAAACAUUCUGACAUUUACACAUGGAUUAAAAUAUAUAACUGUAAAUGUGUGUUUUACAAAUUAAAGCAAGAGGUUCAUUUUUUUACAUCUUUGAAAGUUUAAAACAAAUCCUGCUGUGGAUUUGUAGACUCAUGACUAUAAUGAGUCUGCACAUUAUAGUCAUAAUGACUAUAAUGACUAUAUAUAGUCAUUAUGUCACUCAUUAUGACAUUAUAGCCAUAAUAAGCUCUACAGACUCUUUAUGACUAUAUCUUCUCGGACAACCUCUGAACGUUUUCAUUUGCUCUGGGACCAGUAAGGCGAAGCAGAAGACUGGAAGUGAACCAGUGAAACCUCAUUCUACACUCAAGACCGUGUGACAAAUAUUCUGUUGUCUCCACAGAUUGAAACUUUCACUAUGCGUCUGUUGCUAUUGCAACAAUGCCAUAAACAAAUGAGAAAAGAAUCAUCAUCAGGUACGAUUGUCACUUGAUGGGUCCAAAUAUCACUGACAAUAUUUCAUGUUUUCCCAUUAAUAAAAUACAUAGUGCAACAUAUUCCGUUAGGGAACAAUUAGGUUCACUGACAAUUGCCUUGUAGCUUUCAGUAGAGAAACUUUACUUCUUGUGAAUUCAACAGGAAAGAUGAAUUGUGAAAGUGACUUCCUCUGCUGAGAUUAUAAAAAAUGUCAGAGCUGUGUGUGCGUACGUGUGGGUAUUUCACCAAAGUUUUGCAGUCGAACUGACCCUUAUCUUUAGCUUUAACAGAAACACAUGCAGGUGAUUACAACAUUCCUGUUUGCUAAUAUUUGAUCUUGUGUCGCUUGUUGGAACAGCAUCUCUUUGUUGGUCUUUUUUUAAAUAUAGCUUACGAAUAAUCACUAUGCAGUCUAGAUUUAGAUUAAGUUACUUCCCAGAUUAGUUUGUUGAAGGAUGCAUCUCUAAAUAUAAAGCUCUUGGUCAAGGCGAGGUAAGGAACCCUCUAAGACACUAAUAUGCAGACUGAUAUGUCAGUGUACACGAUCAUUUGCCACUGAAAGUAAGGAUUUUUAGAGUUUAUUAAAUGUAUACAUCUCACCCUGUACAUGAAGAAGAUCAUUAUGUCCAUCAGAAGUCCACUUCAUUUUAACCUGUUAAAUGUCAACAUCAACAAAACAAGCUUGAAUCUAAAUGAGACAAACUGAAUUUUUAGUUUUUGAUUUCGAAACUAAAAAUUGGAAGUAAUGAGUGACUGCUUCCUUAUUUACUCUCCCCAAAGGAAAUAUGUAUAACAGACUCAUUAUUUUCAGUUCAGUUGCAUUUUGUUAUGAGUUUCUUGCCUAAUUAGUCAGUUACCACAUUAUGAAAGCUUUCCAAGUAAACUACUUCAUCUUCAUCCCAAGGUCUUAUUAAGCCACCCUUGCAGAUUCAUUUGUUGGUAACAGAGCGUUUUCCAGUUAUCUUCUCCUCACACUUACUGGAGGACAAUAUUUUGAGUAGCAAACAAAGGGGAUCUAUGAAUAACAAAGUGGAUGCAGGCUUACAUAUCGGAAAUAAUUUCAUUGGUAUAGUCUGUUCUCACACACACACACAAGAAAAUGGUUAGAGUCAUAAUUCCCCAUUCAUACAGAAGUCACCCAUUCAUGUAGCUAGUGGUUAUUUUAAAGUAAAAUUUUACAGCUGCGUUAUAAAAAGAGAGAAGUGCCCAUUUGUGUGUGCAGACUAUUUUUUUUGCAACCAUUUCAGGAACUGGCUGUAGCUUGACCUUCAUUGAUAAAGUCCCAAAAUGACUUAAAUUAACUUUUUUCCACAAUUAAUGAAAUGAAUUUAAAAAAAAUGAAAGAAAGUCUGUCGAUUUUAAUCAUGUUUUAAGCAGCCUAUUCGGAGCCCCGAAGAGCUGAAUUGAAAAUGGCACAAUUAAAAAGAAAAAAAGUUUGCCCUAAAAUAAUGCUACUUUUAUAUCACACUUUGUAAAAAUAUAUAUAUAUAAAGACAAACGGCAGGAAAUAACAAAACCCUGGAUUGUUGGGGGCUUUUUCAUUUGAAAAAGGAUGAAUGUGGAGAAGAGGGCUGCUUGCUGCAGAAAGUCAUUUUGUGGAAAGAGAGAACAGUAAGAAAGUGUGUGUGCGUGUGUGUGUGUGUGUGUGUGUGUGGGUGGAGGGGCGAGGAUGCACUUUACUGUUUAGGGCUAUUUUUGCUUUUACUGUCGUUAUUACUUCUCUGCAGCACAUUUGCGAAUUAUUAAACGUGCUUUAUAAUUAAGUAAACUUGAACGUGAACAUUAAAAAUACAUUAAAAUCCUUGCUUUAGGUGCGGAGUGUUAGGCGGGCAGAGCCCAUUUUGUCAGCAUAUUCGGUAAAGUUUGAAUUUGAAAUGUGUUCCGGAUUUUAUUCUCCCAUCAAGUUCGUGACCCGCCACGUUUAUAGAGGAGAUAAAAAAAAAAUGUGGCUGCUACGUUGGUUCGCUCCUUCACAGUUCGCCGGCGGUUGAUCUGGUUAGAGGUUACGAGGAAGCGGGGGCGGCAUCGCUUUCCUGUAACGUAGCGCUUGUUGAAGGGAUGAGGACAAAGAGGAACGAGAGACACCGCGAUAUGUUAAGAGUUUUGAGCAAAAAUAACUUCUAAAAUCGGAGAGGUCCUUGACAGCUAUUAUAGCAUAUUAUACAUAUACACUGACUUUAUUCAGAAUCCUAGUUAAGAGCAAAUUUAAUCGUAUCCUGCUGAUGGCACUGCUGUGUUUGGCUAAUGUCAGUCACAUGAUUGAAGUGCAUCAAUCAUGCACUUCAAUCAUGUGGUCCAGUUUGAGCUUGGGCGCAGACCACACCCACCCGGAGCAACAGUCGCUCCUCUGUGUGACAAAAUGGUGCGAGUCCGCUUCUUCUUCUUCUCCUUUUUGUCUUGUAGCUGGGCUUCACCCAAUCAGGCCAACUUCAUAGUUUUUAAAACAAAGCGCCUGAACGUCAAACUUGUCUUUGAAGUCAAAACAAAAAGGAGCACUUUUUCCUCUUCCUCACUUUGAGCCUAAAAUUCACCGUUUUUGUAUCACAGGGUAUUUCUAUUUCUACCAUUCAUAUUGCAAUUUCUCGUUCGGGUUGUGGUUAUCCGCGCUGUAAUCUCUGGAAACGAGGUGUUUCUCUAUGAUUCAGCGAUAUUUGAAUCCAACCUGGACUGCUGGUCGUACCUGAUGAUGCCCGGCCAUUAAUUUAUUUUUAGCUGAUUGUUUUAAGUAACGUCAGCCGUUUGUUAAUGACAGUAUGGUGCAGGAUUGUUUGGUCAAGUCUUUGAUUUUAAUUCAGUUUAUGUUUUUUCCCCCCCCAUGUUUGACUGACUAGCUUGCUUACAUGUCAGAAGUUUCUAAAGUUUCUGAAUAAGAGGAAGACAUGUGCUGCGAUUCAAACCUCAUUUCAGGAUGGCGUGCCGAUCAGACCUGCUCUGCAAUGCCUCAGCGUGUGGGAAGCUGGAAGAGGUGUUGGAUUUAUUGAAAGCUGGAGCUGAUGUUAAUGGACUGAAUGAGUUUAGGAGGACUCCUCUGCAGGUGGCGAUGCUCGGAAACACCGAGCUCGUCCGGGCUCUACUCGCGGCAGGAGCUGAUCCCAACGCGCGAGACCACAUCCUAAACCUCACCGUGACUCACGACGCCGCACGCGAAGGUUUUGCGGAGACCGUGCGUGAGCUCGUAAAUCACGGAGCGGAUGUGAAUCUCGCGGACCAAAUCGGCAACCUGCCUCUGCAUCUGGCCGCAAGGGAGGGGCACCUGGAGGUGGUGAGGGUUCUCCUGGACCUCACCGAGGACCCCCGGAGGGCCAACCAGCAGGGACACACCGCGCUGUGGCUGGCACGAGACUUCAAUCGCGCAGAGACGGCUGAUUUCAUUGAGCAAUAUCUGGACCCUGAGUGACGUGAGGGAAGGUCUUAUUGCUAAUUUGUGUUUAUUAUAAUGGGCCCUCAGAGGAAGAGCAGCUCUUGUAGAGGUAUACAGUCUAAUUGUCAUAAGGCAAAUGAAAAUGUUAUUUUAACAGAGUCAGAGUCACCUUUGGUGACCAGACUCUGCUCAUUAGAGGUGACUAACUGAAUAAGUCUUCAGUGUCACACCAUAUUCCUGCGUUAAUGUUUAAUAAUAGGGCUUUUGCGACGACUUGUCCCAACAAGACGUCACUUCCUUACGCAGGUGAAGAUUCCAGCGGAGGCGCGGCAUUGUUUUUGGUUGUUCAAAUAAAAAAGUUUGUUUGUAGCUACUGUUGGGUCUACAGCACCCUUCUUCUUUGUGCCGAAGUGCUUUGUAAAUAUCAUGUGACAUCAAAUACUGAUUGUAAAAACAAGAAAUAAACUUAAACAGACA